CCGGAUCUCAAACUCAAAGCUCUUCUGUAGCAUCUCAAUCCAUCUACUCUUCUUCUUCUUCUUCUUCUUCUUCUCCUUGCUUCAUUCGGCUAAGCUGAUGGCGGAAGGAGUCGGCGAACCGGGGAGCUCGAUGCACGGCGUCACAGGGCGCGAGCCGACGCUGGCGUUCGAGACGUCGCCGUCAGUUCCUACGGACGCCACGGCUAAGUUCGCCCUCCCCGUCGACUCGGAGCACAAGGCGAAGGCCUUCAAGCUCUUCUCCUUCGCCAACCCCCACAUGCGCACCUUCCACCUCUCCUGGAUCUCCUUCUUCACGUGCUUCGUCUCCACCUUCGCCGCCGCCCCGCUCGUCCCCAUCAUCCGCGACAACCUCAACCUGAAGAAGGGCGACAUCGGGAACGCCGGCGUCGCCUCCGUGUCCGGUGCCAUCUUCUCCCGUCUCAUGAUGGGCGCGGUGUGCGACCUCCUCGGUCCCCGGUACGGGUGCGCCUUCCUCAUCAUGCUGUCGGCGCCCACCGUCUUCUGCAUGUCGCUGGUGUCCUCCGCCGGCGGGUACAUCACCAUGCGCUUCCUCAUUGGCUUCUCCCUCGCCACCUUCGUCUCCUGCCAGUACUGGAUGAGCACCAUGUUCAACAGCCAGAUCAUUGGCCUGGCGAACGGCACUGCCGCCGGCUGGGGCAACAUGGGUGGCGGCGCCACCCAGCUGAUCAUGCCUCUCGUCUACGAUAUCAUCCGCAAGGCCGGCGCCACCCCUUUCCUGGCCUGGCGCAUAGCCUUCUUCAUUCCCGGCCUCAUGCACGUCAUCAUGGGCAUCCUCGUCCUAGUCCUCGGCCAGGACCUCCCCGACGGCAACCUCAGCACCCUUCAGAAGAAGGGCAACGUCGCCAAGGACAAGUUCUCCAAGGUAUUAUGGUAUGCCGUCACCAACUACAGGACCUGGAUCUUUGUGCUCCUCUAUGGCUACUCCAUGGGGGUGGAGCUCACCACCGACAACGUGAUCGCGGAGUACUUCUACGACCGGUUCGACCUAAACCUCCGGACGGCCGGCAUCAUCGCUGCGUGCUUCGGUAUGGCUAACAUCGUCGCCCGGCCUUUCGGCGGGUUCGUGUCCGACUUUGGGGCACGCAGGUACGGCAUGCGGGCCCGCCUCUGGAACCUCUGGAUCCUGCAGACCCUCGGCGGCGCCUUCUGCCUCUGGCUCGGCCGCGCCAACUCCCUCCCCAUCUCCAUCUUCGCUAUGGUGUGCUUCUCCAUCUGCGCCCAGGCCGCCUGCGGCGCCACCUUCGGCAUCAUCCCCUUCAUCUCCCGACGCUCCCUGGGCAUCAUCUCCGGCAUGAGCGGCGCCGGGGGGAACUUCGGCUCCGGCCUCACCCAGCUCCUCUUCUUCACCAGCACCAAGUACUCGACGGCGACCGGGCUUUCGCUCAUGGGGGUGAUGAUCAUGGCGUGCACGCUGCCCACAGCCUUCGUGCACUUCCCGCAGUGGGGGAGCAUGUUCCUACCGCCGUCGAACGACGCCGCGAAGUCGACCGAGGAGAACUACUACGUGUCGGAGUGGAGCAAGGCGGAGCGGGAGAAGGGCAUGCACCAGGCCAGCCUCAAGUUCGCCGAGAACAGCCGGUCGGAGCGCGGGAAGCGAUACGUCGAAUCGGCGCCGGCCCCACCCGACGCAUCCCCUACCAACGUCUGAACACAAUUCGAGUCUCGGUAAUAUGAGACAACGUCCGGAGCUAUUGAGAUCUUAUACUGUGUGGUUUGCAAUUGGUAGUAUCUACGUCUCCUUCUACCUUACUGUAAGUGUGCCACUAUAUUGUAAUCUACAAAGCAUAUUUGAUGAGGGGAUUUAUAAUACCAUAUCAACUAUGAUUUUAGGUUUUA